AUGACUCCAAGGAAUCGCUGCGGCAUCUGUGACCACCUGCGGUUUGAAAACGACCUGGCAACGAUUGACAGCAUCCGGUGUCUGCAGCAAUGGAGCAAUGCCAUAGGGGUACCUUUACGGUGGUUUCCGGCUGCUGCCGACGUCGCUCAGUUUCAGGCCCAGGAUGUCGGAAUGCUUACAGAAUACCACAACUACAUUACAACGUCCUUGGAUCUGAACACGCUAGAUCUGCGCUCCUUCUACAGCUCGCGAUGCAACAUGACCGGCUUCCGCAUGGUGACCACCGAAGAGUCGCCUUCGUACUUGGGUCAGCUCGACGAGAAACCAAUCAGUGGUAUCGAGGACUCGCUGCAGCUGCUGUCUCCAAAGGCGCGGCAAAUCUUUUCGAGCGUAAAGUUAGGUGCAGCUGUGGCCCACGACGCAGUGUUAUCAUUUGCCCGCGGACUGCAGACACUGAGCAGGAGCCGAAAUCUGGAACCCAAGCAUGACGCCACGUGUCAGCCAGGCCGCGUUGCCUGGCCCUAUGGACUCUCGCUCGCCACGCAAAUCAAAGCGGGCACUGCAUCCGGUCUCACAGGAAGACUGCAGUUCGACACGUUUGGAUCUCGGACGAACCUAUCCUUUUCGCUGGUUCAGCUUAAAGAAACCGGCCUCUCACAGGUUGGCACCUGGGAUGAGCGCAGCGGCGUUCAUUACAGCAAGAAUCAAAGCGAGGUUUACGAAGAGGUAGCUCACACACUGCGCAAUAAAACACUGCGCGUUGUUACUAUCGUGAGUGAGCCAUACGUUUUGUUGCGCAAGGACUCGAAGACGUCAUCAGCCGGUGAAGACAGGUUGGAUGGAUAUUGCGUCGAUAUUCUGCGACAGAUGGCGCUCCUGCUUGGAUUCCGCUUUGAACUGCGUCUUGUGCGUGAUGGUACCUAUGGUGUAGUAAACGCACGUGGAGAGUGGAGUGGUAUCAUCAGAGAAGUCAUGGACAGGGAAGCCGACUUGGCCAUCGGGGACCUCACCAUCACGGUGUCUCGCUCACGCGCGGUGGACUUCACGCUGCCCUUCAUGCAUACCGGCAUCGGCAUUCUGUACCGACGACCCGUACAGGAGUCACGUCUCUUCUACUUUCUGCUGCCCUUGUCUCUCGACGUCUGGCUCUGCCUACUGGCAGCGUACCUGGGUUCUGCGCUGAUGCUCCACUUGGCGGCACGCAUGGCCCCCGCCGAAUGGCACGUGCCGAGACACGGCGCGAAGUGCGACUGCGAUCGCUCAUCGGGUGCGGACAGUCCUAGAAAUGCACUCGGGCUUGGAGAGAGCCUGUGGUACGCAACGGCGGCGCUCCUUUUCCAAGGCUGUGAAACCAGCCCCAGGGCCGCGUCCACAAGACUCAUUGCGAUCAGCUGGUGGGUGUUCUCGCUUAUCAUGGUUUCCUUCUACACGGCCAACAUGGCCGCUUUCUUGGUCAACGAGAAGCUCCAGUUUCCCAUAGAAAACGUUCAUGACCUGGCUGCGCAGUCCAAGAUUAAGUACGGCUGCAUGUCGUCGGGCUCAACGGAGACGUUUUUCAAGGAAUCGAAACUGGAGCCGUACGAACGGAUGUGGACGGUGAUGUCGAACAACCGCGAGGACUCCCUGGCGUCAUCGACCGGCGAAGGCGUGGAGCGCGUCCGGAGAGGCGACUACGCAUUCUUGAUGGAGGCAGCAACCAUCGAGUAUCUCACAGACCGAGAUUGCCAGCUGGCUCAGAUUGGGGGCCUCCUCGACUCCAAGGGAUAUGGAUUCGCACUGCCCCGAGGGUCCCCUUACACGGCCCACUUGUCCGAAGCCAUUCUCCGGUUACAAGAAACAGGGGUGAUCGCGCGUCUCAAGAAGCAAUGGUGGAUGGGACACUGCUCUCAGCAACGCGAAAAGGAAAGAGGUUCGUCUGCACUGUCCGAUGUACAGGACUCGUCGGAGGAGGCCAAUGCACUGGGUGUAUCCAAUGUUGGAGGCGUCUUCCUCGUUCUUCUUGGAGGACUCGGUGUUUCCAGCGUGUGCGUCAUCUUGGAAUUCGUGUGGAAGACCCAUCCUUCAUCUAAAGCCAAGAAGAAGGCUUUAGAAAGGAGUUGUGAUAUUAUGGAACUGUCCAAAAAAGAGUCGAAGACUUCGCUGGAGGUGCUCGCAACUGCUCAACAGGAUCGCUCAAUAUCGGUGCUGCCGGCGACGACGCUUCAAGUGGACGUGGUAGACAACGGCGAGGCAUCGGCGCAUGCGCAGCAGAGGAGACCCGACGUUUCCUAGCAGUGCGGCGAGUCACCAGACGUUCUUGCCACGGCUACGCACAACCCCGAGGCAUUCUGGUGACUCUCCUAUAAAACCCGUGUGCCGACAUGGUGAACGCUGAAAAAAAAAAACUCUAAAGACCCGCUGACUUCCGCGACCAAGUGUUUGUGUCACUGGUGCAUGUGCCCCGCCUUUUUUAAGGACGGUGAAAAGUGUGAAACAAUUGAGUGAACGUGCGCUGACUCGCUCCCGCUCAUCAUGAUGCGUCGUGAUAUGGGCGUCUUCUGAAGCCGUCGUCCGAAGCCAUGCUUUUUUUUUUAAAUGAACGUUUCGUCCUAUGGUAGCAAAUGACGUGAAAGUGCAUGCUAGAUAUAAGAAAGGAGGAGGGUGAAGAUGAAGGCACUGCGUGGUGUAAGUCAAACGAGUCGAAUAACUAAUUACGUCUAAACAUACAAGACAACGUGACAACAUAAACCAACGAGCAAUGGCACUGUCUUACUUCGUCAAAUAUCAGGUGGCACAUUUCCUUGCCAAAGGGAAACAUUAAGCAAGCUUGCUGUUUCAAUUGCUUCUAUUCAUGCAAGGAAUAACAAGUUGUGCACGGAUGAAAUUGUGUUGAAUCUCUUCCCCACUUAAGAGAAGAAAGGCACGUAAGUCAGGCCUUCCCCUUUCAUUUGUUCUACGGAUAUUUUAACUGUCUGAUAGAAACAACCUUAUAUGCGUAAUGGCUUCUAAUGAAUAUAUACAAAAGUUAUGGCCGUCUUUAGCAAGUAUUAUUAAAGAAUUUGGCAAACUGCAUAGAAAAGUUGUAGUUAUCGUCUUUUGCCCGGAAGUAGCACAAUGGGGGCUUUCAGAAAAGUUAAGUAUAAAACAGCGUCAGGCACUUUGAAAAAAAAAAAUGAGAUUGACCAGCGUGUUAACUUGCACUGAAUAAAGGAGCUGGUUAAUUGAAAUAUCUAUGGAAGGAGGGAAGACCAUACGAUCAUUCUGGUUAGUAUAGCUGGGUCAAAGAAAAUAUUCAUCUCUGCAUUCAUGGGGCGUGCUACGCUUGUCUCUUACGUAGGCUGCGUCAUACAUUUGAACCAACUCAUUUAAAAUGCCAUUGUUUUGUACCGCUGUAUGUCGAUGUAUAAAAAAAAAGUUGAUAUAAAAGUGGUCAGUGAUUUGAAAUGCCGUUUUCUACACUUCACUUGGGAAAGCCGAAAUUUAAUAAAAUAUGUAGCAGGCAUCGAAGUGAUUGAAGUAGAGAUAAAAAAUACGGGCAACAGCGAGAUUCUUUGUCCAGUAGCUUUCGCAAUCGGCAAAAAUGUGCAAAAAUUACUCUGACCUGAUGAUUAACUUAAAAACACUUGUCCUAAACUCAGUCCAAGUUGGCACCUUACAGGUGCUCUUCUAUCUAAAAAAAACAAGAAAGCAUUUUUAUUUACGACGAUUCUGAAGCUCUUUUCAAAGCUUGCUUCAUCAAUAUUGCAAUGGGAGCAUUCUGACGGGGUUCACUAGAAUAUCAUCCUGGACUGCAACUUGUAACGUGCAUUUUUUUUAAGAGACUGAUUUAAAAAGGGAACGAGUGGGGGUUGAUAUACAAGAGGGCUAUGAAGUGUAUACUAAAUCAAAGCAAAAUAUAUGUAUCCACUAAAUUAAUCCUAAAACUCCACAUGAAAAGUUCAGAGUUGAUGUAACAAUUUUGGUAAUUCAAAAAUUACGUUGCGCUAACCAAAUGGUAUCUCAGAUGAUGUGGCAUAUUCGACACACGGAAGAUAAGGCAGAAAACUUUUUGAGAAUCUUACCUGCACCUAUAUAUCAAUGAGUUGCCGUACCAUGAUCGAGGAAAUAUUUUUGGAGCCUAGUUCAUGAAAACGAUGAUGCCUGCGUUAAAAUAUUCAUGAGUGUAACAUAUAAAACACGUGACUAAUUUACAAAAGUGGUAAUCAGGAGGCGAGAGAUUUAAAUAAUUGCCUUGCUCCAACGCUAUACCUUAUCCAGAAGUUAGAAGAGUCAAUUAUUGCUUCCGCAUAUAAUUGCGAUAUAUUGGUGUCCGUUAUCUGAUAUUUAAAUUUACCAAGUUACUCUGUGUUCACGUUUGUUUGUUGCACUGAGCAAAUAGUGAGGAACAACCGCAAAAAAUUAACUGUCAAAUUUCACAAUUACCACACAUACUUAUGACGGCCAAAACAAUGCGCUGACUAUGCUGCCCUUUUCUCUGGAAUCACUCCGCUAUAUUUGCUGCCUGUGAUUACUUUCCAUCGGUGAUUGUAGUGUGCCCCAUGUUAUGACACAACUGUCACUGCAAAAAAAAAAACGUUUUAACCUGCCUGUUGUCACAGCGAGUGCUCUGUGAAUGUGAAUUUUGAAUUUUAACUGCCUAAAUUUUAUUGUAUCUAGUCAGCUACAUUGGGAACCACGACAUGCGUUAUUUAACAGAAAAACUAUCAAACAAUUUAUUUUUUCACGCAUAUAUAGACAAUUAACAGUGUGUAAUAUGUCCACCAGGUAAGGCGAAAUGAGACUCGUAUGUCUCCUAUUGAGGCCUUCACCCCAGACGUGGAAGUCUGACAGAAGGACCAAAACCAAUGAAAACUUGUGAAUGAAACUUGUGAAAACUGUUGAUUACUUAAUAUGCAAAAAGGGCAGAAAAAAAUAAAUACUCUAAUAUGUGUAUAAGGAAGCACUGCAUACAAAAUGUAAUGGUUGAAGUAAGAUUAUCUGCACAUGAAGCCCUUACGCUGUAAAGCAAAAUGUAAUUCAGAGCAUUUUAUGAUGAACCAAUAAAGAGGUAUACGUUUUAAAGGAAGAUGAGAAGUAUUAUUGCUUAUUCUUUUUUUUCCGAAAACAAAAAAUAAAUGACCUUUCGGUGCCCAGUUUGGUUAAAGAUGAGUAGGAAUUACACAAUGAAAUUAUUUAUAAUCUAUAGUCUUAUUACUGUAUUGAGUCCUUGGUAUUAAACAGCAAAAAUAAACAAUAGAGAUCUGACUUUGCAUUUCAGAUAAAUACAGAAGCUGUCAGACGCAAUAUUCAACGCUCAAAUUUGUAGUUGAUUGUGUGUUGAUAUGAUAGACAGAAUAAUGGCAAAUUAUACAUUUUUUUAGCAAACUGAGAUGAAGAGAUACACCAAUAUUUGAGUAAUUCAAGACGCUGAAUAAAAGCUCUGCUCAGCUUAAAUACCUAACAUUUAAAACGGCUGCACUCUUGAACUACUGUUACUAUUAUACAGGUCUCCAGGUGGCUGCUAUUUGUUGUCGCUAAAUAUAAUGGCACUAAGUUUUGUGGGGGAUUCGGAGAAAAUGUGAUAUUUAGGAAUUUGUAAUAAACAUGCCACAAUGGCUUAAUGCACAA